AUGGCAGACCUUCAAGGACGCAAGGUGUUCAAGGUGUUCAACCAGGAUUUUAUUGUCGAUGAGCGGUACAAUGUCACCAAGGAGUUGGGACAGGGAGCUUAUGGUAUUGUCUGGUAUGCCUCCAUUCUCACCAGCAUGGCGAUACUGCCCCGCAUCCGGCCAUACCAUCACAACAAUCGGCAUGCUGCCUCUAACGCCCAGAGCACCGAAGGCGUGGCUAUCAAGAAGGUCACAAACGUCUUCAGUAAACGGAUUCUAGCGAAACGUGCUCUGCGAGAGAUCAAACUACUACAGCACUUCCGUGGCCAUCGCAACAUCACCUGCCUUUACGACAUGGACAUACCACGACCAGAUAACUUCAACGAGGUAUACCUUUAUGAGGAACUCAUGGAAUGUGAUCUUGCCGCCAUUAUUCGAUCAGGACAACCCCUGACGGAUGCCCACUUCCAGUCUUUCAUCUAUCAGAUUCUGUGUGGUCUAAAGUACAUCCACUCUGCCAACGUGUUGCAUCGUGAUUUGAAGCCAGGUAAUCUGCUGGUCAACGCCGACUGUGAGCUGAAGAUUUGUGAUUUCGGACUCGCUCGUGGCUUCUCGAUUGAUCCCGAUGAGAACGCUGGAUACAUGACCGAGUACGUUGCUACAAGAUGGUACCGUGCACCCGAAAUCAUGUUGAGUUUCCCAAGCUACACCAAAGCCAUUGACGUGUGGUCCGUUGGCUGUAUCCUGGCUGAACUUCUUGGUGGACGACCCUUCUUCAAAGGCCGUGACUAUGUCGACCAGCUAAACCAGAUCCUCCACUAUCUUGGAACCCCCAGCGAAGAAACUCUCUGCCGUAUCGGCUCACCACGCGCCCAAGAGUACGUCCGCAACCUCCCCCACAUGCACAAACAGCCCUUCGCCAGACUCUUCCCCAACGCCAACCCGGACGCCCUCGACCUUCUCGACCGCAUGCUCGCGUUUGACCCCUCAUCCCGCAUCAGCGUGGAGGAGGCUCUUGAGCACCGCUACCUGCACAUCUGGCAUGAUGCAAGUGACGAGCCCGACUGCCCAACUCCCUUCGACUUCCACUUCGAAGUUGUCGACGACGUCCAGGAGAUGCGGCGCAUGAUUCUCAACGAAGUGCAGCGUUUCCGUGACCACGUACGCCAACCUUCUCAUAUCCAGGCUGCCCUUGCUCAGCAGCUACAGCCUCAACAGACCAAUGUCCCUAUCCCCGAGGAUAAAGGGUCACAGUGGAGGCAUGAGGAUCCUCGUCCACAGGAAGCUGUAUUCGACGGAACGAACGAACAUGAUCUUGAAGCAUCAUUACAUAGAGGUAUGGAUAUGAUUAGAUAA